AUGGAGGUGUUGUUUGAGCCCAAGUGCGCCAUCUGCCCCGCCGAGCCGGACGACCUGGCCUCGGGCGGCUGCAGCGACGGGUGCGAGCUGCUAACUGGCGAGGUUUGCGAGGCCAGCUGGUGGGAUGGGUUACUCAAUGGGAGCGAGUCGGAGGGCCCGGAGGCCGGAUUCAAUGGGAGCCAGCAUGAGUUGUCUGCCAUGGAGUGGCAAACCAUUGGUGGUCUGGAAGCGGACUGCGACCCCAACAACAUCCCCUGCAUGGCCGACGAGCUGGAGCACUUCUCAGAGCAGCUCCCAUUCUUACAACCCUGCGAGCCAGAGAUCCUGCCAUCCCCGGUGCUGCAGAACUGCCUGAGCAGCUCCAACGUGUCAGCCCUCUCCUGCGCCACCAAGGCAUCCGUGCCCGCUGUCUUCGCGGCGCAGCCACCAGCCAUGGUGGAGGCAGCUGAAGAAGAGGCGGCAGAGGCUGAUGCAGCCGCAGCUGCCUCAGCUUCGCCGACGUGCAGAGGCGUUCUCAUGGCGGUUGCCUUGAACCAACGGGAGCCCAAAGGGGAGGAGGAGGAGGGGGGACCGCUGUCACCGGCGCUGCGGGCGCUGCGCAUGAAGCUUCCGGACUCGCUAAAAAAUGCGGAGGCCAUCCGCGAUGGCUGCAGCCCGCCCUUCGCCGGCGCCUGGCGCGGCUGUGCCAAGAGCUCCUGGUGCAACCGGGAGAACCGGCACCGUGGCGUUUGCAACACACGGGCCGAGGUUCCCGGCCUGGCAGCGUACGGAGCCGAGCAGCUGGCGGCAGAGGGCGUGCGCGGCGCAGACUUCCCGGGGCAGUGGCAGCUGCCGGGCACCUUCAUCAAGGAGGAGCAGCCACGCCGUGACGACCUGGACGACAGCGAACAAGCAUCGGCCACGGAGGUGCUACUUGAGCGUGCAUGCGAUCCGGACGCGCAGUGCCUGGACAGUGGCAUUCCCCGCUGCUGCCAGGUCAGCAUCGAGCCGCAGCCCAACUGCCACUCACGCACGCGCCUGCGCCUGAUGGUCAAGCGGCAGCAGCAAGCGCCCGCGGAGGAGGGUUCGCCCCCGGACGGGCCCCCUACCCCCGAGCUGCAGGCCCCCGCAUUCGCGUCCCAGGAGUCGUCCGACUCUGCCAACACCCAACGGGAGACGGAUGCGAGCAGCGAGGACACUGGCGGGGCGGACGCUGACGAGGUACGCUGCUGCGCCCACAUCGACCGCAGUCCCCCGCCAAAAGCCACACUGGCCGCCGCCAAGACCUCAGAGCGGUUGCGUCGCGUGUCACCCUCUACCCCCGAGGCCACCGCGCACCGCCCCAGCUCCAAGCCCACCCCGGAGCGGCUGGAGCGCAGCCUGCAGGUGUCUGCGGCAGCAGGCAGGCGCGAGGCGGUGGUAUCGCCCUUCGCGGCCUCGCUACCUCUGUCGCAUGCGACCGGCCGCGGCUCUUCCCCGGGCGGCUUUGUGCAGACUUCAAGCGGUCGCAUCGCGCGGCCUACGCCCAAAACCGCUGCCUCGCGGGCCGCCUCCGAUGACCUCUCUGAACUCUCCCACACCGAAGGGCACAGAGCGCCGACAAAGCGCAAGAGCGGGCGGCCGGCCAAGGGCGGCGAGAAAAGCAAGCGGCGGCGCAUGGUCGGCGGCAUCCUUAAGACUGUCGGCCACGCAGCGCCGGGCCAGCAGUGCACCCAGUGUGGCACUCAGGUGACCCCUGUGUGGCGCGCCGGUCCCUAUGGCCCCAAGACCCUGUGCAACGCCUGCGGCGUCCGCUACAUGAAGCAGGUUAAGAAAAAAUGA